AUGAAGGCAGCAGCACACAGGAAACUCAACCCGCGUCCUUGGCUCCGCCUCCUUAGAAAUGCAUAAGUAAAGCAGCUUCUCCCUACAGCCUCACACCAUCCUUCAAACACCGAUUCUUCAACGUCGGGAAGAAGGACGAUUUCAAACCAUAAAAAUGCGUGAGUGUAUUUCUAUGCAUGUCGGCCAAGCCGGAGUCCAGAUGGGCAAUGCCUGCUGGGAGCUCUACUGCCUGGAGCACGGCAUCCAGCCGGAUGGACAGAUGCCCAGUGACAAGACCAUCGGAGGAGGAGACGACUCCUUCAACACCUUCUUCAGUGAGACUGGAGCUGGAAAACAUGUUCCCAGAGCCGUGUUUGUGGACCUGGAGCCAACUGUCAUAGAUGAGGUCCGUCAAGGAACCUACCGCCAGCUCUUCCAUCCUGAGCAGCUGAUCACUGGAAAGGAGGACGCCGCCAACAACUACGCCCGCGGUCACUACACAGUCGGCAAGGAGAUCAUAGACCUGGUUCUGGACAGGACUCGUAAACUGGCUGACCAGUGCACAGGGCUCCAGGGUUUCCUCAUCUUCCACUCCUUUGGAGGAGGAACCGGCUCUGGCUUCACCUCUCUGCUGAUGGAGCGUCUCUCAGUUGACUACGGCAAAAAAUCCAAACUUGAGUUUGCAGUCUACCCAGCCCCCCAGGUGUCCACAGCUGUGGUGGAGCCCUACAACUCCAUCCUGACCACUCACACCACCUUGGAGCACUCUGACUGCGCCUUCAUGGUGGACAACGAGGCCAUCUACGACAUCUGCCGCAGGAACCUGGACAUCGAGCGUCCCAGCUACACCAACCUCAACAGGCUGAUCGGACAGAUCGUCUCCUCCAUCACGGCCUCCCUGCGCUUCGAUGGAGCCUUGAACGUAGACCUGACGGAGUUUCAAACCAACUUGGUGCCCUACCCUCGUAUCCACUUCCCUUUGGCCACCUACGCUCCCGUUAUCUCAGCAGAGAAGGCCUAUCACGAGCAGCUCUCAGUGGCUGACAUCACAAAUGCCUGCUUUGAGCCGGCCAAUCAGAUGGUGAAGUGUGAUCCUCGCCACGGUAAAUACAUGGCCUGCUGUCUGUUGUACCGCGGAGACGUGGUGCCCAAAGAUGUCAACUCUGCCAUCGCCACCAUCAAGACAAAGCGCACCAUCCAGUUUGUGGACUGGUGUCCCACCGGCUUCAAGGUGGGCAUCAACUACCAGCCUCCCACUGUGGUUCCUGGAGGAGACCUGGCCAAGGUGCAGAGGGCCGUGUGCAUGCUGAGCAACACCACCGCCAUCGCCGAGGCCUGGGCUCGACUCGACCACAAGUUUGACCUGAUGUACGCCAAGAGGGCCUUCGUCCACUGGUAUGUUGGAGAGGGGAUGGAGGAGGGGGAGUUCUCAGAGGCCAGAGAGGACAUGGCCGCCCUGGAGAAGGAUUACGAGGAGGUGGGCACCGACAGCGUCGGGGAGGAGGAUGAAGGAGAAGAGUACUAGGUCCCUCCCUCCACAGCAGCAGCUGACGGCUCCACUACAUUCCCACAAAGAGCCACUUAUCUGUCCACAACUGCUCAGCAGUAUUUGGUUACAUAAUUCUGUCGAUUCCAGCAAGCUACAUUCUUGUAUUUCCUCUUUAAAUUCCAAAAACCAAUAAAAGGAAAUAAAGCAUA